AGCCACCGAUCGAGACAAAUGCAUGUGUCCACCCACAGCAUGCAGCAUUGAACCGAUCUUUCAUUAUUAUAGCCAUCUAUCAUCAUUCAUCGCUACCUAAAACAAUGAAGAGCAACACUGUCCUCACCAGCACAGAGCAUAUCUUGAAACAUGGUCGCAAGAUUGUGUGCAUUGGCCGUAACUACGUCGAACACGCCAAGGAAUUGGGGAACCCAGUUCCGAAAGAGCCCUUCUUUUUUCUGAAACCCACCACCAGCUACAUUCGGUCUGGAUCCAUCAUUAUUUUACCCAACGCCACGGCCAAUGUUCAUCAUGAAAUAGAACUGGGAGUGGUGAUUGGUAACAACGAGCAAGCUUGUCAAGGUGUCUCGGAAGAACAAGCCAUGAGCCAUAUCAAGGGAUACCUGCUGGCUCUGGAUCUGACCGAACGGACAUUGCAAGGACAGGCGAAAAAUGCUGGCAAACCAUGGAGUAUGAGCAAGGGAUUCGAUACGUUUUGUCCCAUUUCGGACCAAAUGAUUGAGGCGACUGCUACUGCUACUGCUUUGGAUCCCUCCACCAGUCUCUGGUGCAAGGUCAAUGGACAGACACGACAAAACGGACCGAUCGGUGACAUGAUCUUUUCGAUACCUAAGCUCAUCUCUUACAUCAGUGAUUGCAUGACAUUGCAAGAAAACGAUGUCAUUCUCACGGGAACGCCACAAGGAGUUGGCCCUAUUGUACCGGGUGAUGUCAUUGAAGGAGGAUUGGUACUUGGCAAUCUACAGAAUGCCAACGAAAAUGCCAACAAUGAAGUUUUGUCAAUGAAAUUUGAGGUUGCAGCCAGGGAUGCUUAGCGUGACAUUUAUUGCGGGCACACUCUUCUUACCAAGGCCAAGCAUGAGUGGGCACUGAGGAUGUUUCCUCCAACCCAACCAGAUACAGUCCUGUUUCGCCGUGGCGCGAUAUUGGCUCCAAUGAAGAACAGAAGUUCUACAUGUAUACUAAAGGAUACAAACGGUAUUCUGUUCGGAGCCAAUAAUUCGCAGCAGUUCUGUGUGGAUGUAACGAGAGAGCGACAUGCGGAUUGGUUGCUUUUUAUGUUGAAUCAAAUCCUCAUUCAAAUCAAAUCUAUUCCAAGCGGAUGCAUACCGGCAGCCGGAAAAGUUUUCUUGGAUCGAUGGUUGCCGCAAACGUUCUUCGACUGAUGCUUCAUCCAUACCGGUACAUACUAUUUGGGGACGAGGUGCUAGCAGUCCGGGAGCAACAUCGUACCCUACAAAUAAUUACAAGCUUUCAGUGAGAUUGCAGUUUGGGCCGGAACUUGGAUUCGAUUCCCAAGCUUUCUUGUAAACGAUGUUUAAGAAGCCAAUGUUGAAGGAACACCACAAGAGCCGAGCAAUCUCUAUUAUCAUUGAUUGUGAUAAUGUAGUGAAUGUAGGAUCCUUAUACAAGAUUUUAGAUAUGUAUUAUUAGCAC